CAUCUGUUCAUUCCUUCACUUCUGGGACAUCUCAUUCAAUUCAAGCGAUGAACAGUGAUGAUCAACAUUGUUGUCUGUGUGAAUAUAAUGAACCCGUUCAGAGGUGUUUCUGGUAGGCGGUGUAAGCGCAAGUCAAAGUUGACAAAGGUAGAAAUCAAACAAGAGCCUGUCAUUAAGCAAGAAUGCGACAAAGAAGGUGUCAUUGAUGUACCAAGGCCAAGAGUUGCUGGAAGAUAUCGUGCGAUGUACGAAGGACCAGUUGACUUUGCAUGUGACUUCGAUGGGAUAAAGGAUGAAAUCAAAUGCGAGGAAGAAAAAACGGGCAACGGAAAGGAGUCGACAUCAUGUGAUCGACCGAAUGAGAACGUCGCAAAUGGUGAUGAUAACGAGAUGAGUGGCGUAGUCGAUGUUCAACCACCGCAACCAGUUGGCAGUGGGAGGAAAAGGAAUGGAAAUGCUAAAAAACAAAACAAGCGCACGAUUCCCAGGAAUAAAGAGAAAAAAAUGCAAAAGAAGCACAAAUGUGAAGUGUGCGAUCAUAUGACGCUCAGUAAGUCUAACCUCCUAACACACUUACGAAUUCACACUGGAGAGAAGCCAUUUCAAUGUGAUGUUUGUUCGAAUACCUUUUCACGAAAAUAUAAUUUGAUUCGUCAUAAGAAAACGCACGGCCAAUUCCGUUGCACAAAAUGUAAUCAAGGUUUUGAACGAGAAUCGGUUACGAUCAACCAUGAACGAUGUUGUAAUCCGCGCCAAUUCGAAUGCGAAAUUUGCGGACAUAAGGCAAAGCAAAAAAUAAAUUUGACUUAUCAUAUGCGGAUUCACACAGGAGCAAAGCCGUUCGAGUGUUCAAUUUGUUUCAAGGCGUUUACAAAGAAGAGCCAUCUACAAAGCCAUUCAAUAACUCACUUGGCUGAACUGCCGAAUGCUUGUUCCAAAUGUGAUCGACGAUUCGCCACUCCAGAAGAGGAGCAAACACACGAAACGCGCUGUCAACGAAUUCGAUUGGCAUGUAAGGACACAGCGAUCAGUUCCCGUUUGAAUGCUCCAAAUGCUUCGGCGGAUAUGCAACCGAAGGUAUAA